AUGGAGGAGCCGUACAAUCCCGUUCGCAAGGAUGGCAGCAACACCAACGACCCGUUCGACAAAGUUAAGUACAAAGAGAAGGAGAAGUUGUGGUCGAACUGGGGCACCAGGAUCGGAUCCGGGGGCGAAAACCCCGGCGGGCUGGGGUCUAGAGCCGUCGCGGACAAGGACUACAGCUCCACGCUCAGGGACGGCAAGGACAGCAACGACCCCUUCGACCAAGUCAAGUACAAAGAGUCAGAGUUGCUUCUUUGGGGCAGGAGAGCCGUCGAACUCGACGCGCGAGAGUCCGGACCCGAUGACGCGGAGUCCGCCACGGGCCCCCCGCCCACGAAAAAGACUUCCAGCAACUCCAACCUCGGCCGCGGCGUCGAGGGCGCCGAGGUUCCGGAAUCCGUCGAGAGGGACCACCAAGAAGCUGCAUUCGGAUUCGAAACCGGACACUACUCUGUACCCGGGUUGGUGGCCGCCAGAGAUUUUGUCUAA